AGCCGCUCAGGGCCGCCCGCUGCCUGCACGUUCUCCCGGCCGCGCUCUCGCUGUUGACCGGGCUGUCCUCGUUUCAGCGGCCUGCGCUCAGCCCUCAAACUAUGAAAUCGAAGCUCUCCUCCGUCGCAUUUGGCUGCUUAUUGGCGUGUGUUUGUUUUUUAACAGUGCCAUGGAUUCAAUCUGUGCCAUAUGAUAAAGGCUCCCCUGACACCACACCGGAUCUGCUGAGCUUGAGCCAGCGCCUGUUAACAACAACGGACCUUGGUGAACAGGUCAGACGGGACCUCAGCCUCAUCCUAGAGCAGCUCAAGAACUUCUCUCAAAGUGCUAAUGUCACCCACAUCACCAGGGCUCCAACAGAGACUCUGCGGCCAAAAGUCAGGGUGCAGGAGGAGCGCUUGUACAAACCCAAUGUCUAUCUGUACCUACCCCACCUGAGGGAGCACCCAGACAGCCUCAUGCCCAAUGUGGUACUCAGCAAGGGCCGCACUGGAGUGUCCAUGGUUCUGGGCAUCCCCACUGUGAGGCGUGAGAAGCAGAGUUACCUGUUGUCUACACUGGACUCCCUCCUGUAUGACCUCAGCCCCUCUCAGUGCCAGGACCUCCUUAUCAUCGUUUUUGUGGCAGAGACAGACAACAAUUAUGUAAAGAGCUUAGCAGAGACAAUCAGCACAAAUUUCCCAAAAGAGGUGGAGAGUGGGCUGCUGGAAGUGGUCUCUCCAUCUCAAUACUACUAUCCCAACUUCACCUCCAUCAAGGAGACGUUUGGAGAUUCCAAAGAUCGAAUCAAAUGGCGGACCAAACAGAACCUGGACUUCAGCUUCCUUAUGCUGUAUGCACAGGACAAAGGCACCUACUACGUGCAGCUGGAGGAUGACGUCAUCGCCAAUAUAGACUACUACAAUGCCAUGAGGUCUUACGUUGUCCAACAGGAGUCCAAGACCUGGCUGUACCUGGAGUUCUCCCAUCUUGGCUUCAUAGGGAAGCUGUUUCGAACCCGCGACCUUCCCAUGAUCGUGCGUUUCUUCCUGAUGUUCCACAAAGACAAGCCCAUCGAUUGGCUCCUGGACCAUAUCCUGUGGGUCAAAGUGUGCCACCCUGAAAAAGAUGCAAAAGACUGUGAUAAGGAGAAGGCCCGCCUGAAGCCGAGGUACACGCCCUCCCUGUUUCAGCACGUGGGGCUGCACUCCUCUCUACCUGGCAAGACACAGACGCUCAAGGAUAAGAACUUUGGGAAGCAACGUCUGUUCUCCCCACACCAAAAUCCCAAGGCUCAGAUAGGCUCUAGUCUGAAGCACUACCAGCAGCACAGCCUGGAGAGAGCCUACCAGGGACAGGACUUCUUUUGGGCCCUCACCCCCACCAAAGGAGACUACAUCCUGUUCAACUUCAGCCAGCCCACCUAUGUCACCAGAUUCUUGUUCCGCAGUGGAAACAUUGAAACAAGCUCCGAUAAGUUCUACAACACUACGGUGGAGGUGCAGCCCAGCAGUGUGUCAUUAAUAAUUAAGUCAAAACAGACAUCGGGAAACUCAUCCUCCAGUGAUGGCUUUGUUGUAGUAGGCAUGUUUGAAAGAGGCCAAGCAGAGGGCAGCGUGGACAUCUCCCUGCAGCCCAUCACAGCGCUCCGCCUGGUGGUUAAGAAGGACUCCAACUUCUGGGUGGUGCUCAGAGAGAUUUUCAUUCAAGUUUGACGUUUAUCUCAACAUGAAGGAGUCUACAGAUCAUGAAGAAGCACAAAGAU